GGCCGAGCGCCGGUGGAUGGGGCCUCGAUGGGUCGCGGCUCUAUCGUGCACCAUCUUCAGGUAAUUCGGUGUAAGAUAUAAAACACUUUCCUUUCCCUCCUACCAGAGGCAAGUAAGUAUUUGGCAUUUGGUGUCAGCUCAACUCAUUCAUUCUCCUACCUUUUCCAAGAGCCUUCCCUUCUCUAUGUGCAGCCUAUUUCUCCACAUAAUCAUCACCACCUAUCGACGACCAGGAUGUCACCCCCCGAAUUCCAACUACACAUCGCAAUAGUAGGUGCUGGCCUGGGUGGCUUGGCAGCCGCAAUCUCAAUAGCACAAUCAGGUCACAGAGUGACAAUUCUCGAACAAGCUCCUGAGCUCGGUGAGGUCGGGGCAGGUAUCCAGAUCCCACCCAACUCCUCGAGGAUCCUGAAACGACUCGGUAUCCUCUCCAAGGUUGAAGCUCUCUCGGUUCGCCCCCACGAAUUCGUGCUCCGCUCUUACAGGGACGGAAAAGUACUGUCCACCCAACCCCUCCUUCCCUACUGCGAAGAGAGAUAUGGAGCACCAUACCUGCACAUCCACCGCGCGGAUUACCACCGCGUGCUUGUUAACGAGGCGAGGAGACUUGGCGUGGCGAUCCAGCUGAACGCGAAGGUGACGGGGAUUGAUUUCGAGAAGCCUGAGAUCAAACUUGCGGAUGGGAGCACGCUCGCGGCCGAUCUGGUCAUCGGAGCAGAUGGGCUUAAGAGUGUUUGCAGGGAACAAUUGCUAGGCAAGAAGGACCCGCCGAAGUUGACAGGCGAUCUGGCAUAUCGUGUUACGAUUCCCGCCUCCGCGAUGUUACAACAUCCUUCUCUUCUGCCGCUCAUCGAGAACCCCGCAGUCAAUUUCUGGCUCGGGCCAUCUUCGCACUGCGUUGGCUAUCUGUUGAAGAGAGAGGGUGGGGAGGGAAUAUAUAACAUGGUGCUUGCAUGCCCGGACAACCUCCCGGAACUGGUCAACACAGCGAAAGCUGAUCUACAGGAAAUGCGAGAUUUCUUUUCCGGCUGGGACGAGAAUUUGAGACUGUUGCUUGGGCUGGUAGACGAUACGUCGAAAUGGAGGUUGAUGAAUAGUGAAGAGCUGGCUAGCUGGGCACACCCGUCGGGGAAGUUCGUCUUGCUGGGAGAUGCAUGCCAUGCUACUCUACCUUAUUUAGCCUCAGGAGCAGCAAUGGCCGUCGAAGACGGCUACCUCCUCGGACGUCUCCUCUCCAAGAUCCCCCGCUCCGCCCCGCCCCCCGCCUUCCUCCUCCCGGACAUCCUCACCAUCUACGAAACAGUGCGCAAGCCGCGCACCACCCGCGUCGUCAAGCAGUCCUCGCACUACCAGCAGAUCUUCCACAUGCACGACGGCCCGCUCCAGCGCGAGCGCGACCGCCAGCUGCUCCGCUACCAGCAGGAGCCUUACGCUGGCUAUCCUAAUAAGUGGCGCGAUCCGGUGUUCCGCGAGUGGUUGUGGGGCUAUGAUGCUGAGCAGGAGGUCGAGACGGCGUGGGCUGUGUAUCGGAGUGGAAGGUUUCCGCUGACGAUGGGUGGUCGGUGGGAGAGUGAGCGGGAGGUGGUGGGGAGCGCGGUGGGUAGUAUGAUCAUGAGUCGAUUGUAAAAGGGCGUUUGAGCGAUCGGCGUUCAUGGGCGUUGGUUUUACCUUGGGGAAUAUGUAUGGAUGCUGAUAACCAGGAAUCGCUGGUAAAUUAAAGUUAUUUUGCUACUUCUCUUCUCUAUUUGUGACUGCGGUAUAAUUAAUUAAGUUUAUUCAUACAUCCAAGAAUCACAUAUCAGCU